UAGAUUUACCUUCUAGAAGGAAAAGCAAAAAAGUUAGGUAUGAUGAAGAUUGUGAGGUGGCUGUUUUUGAGCUUGGAAUGGUCUUUGAUGGUGUAACACAAUUUAGAAAGGCUCUAGCAGACUAUGCUGUAGAAUAUAGGAGGCAGUUGAAGGUAAGACCAAAUGAUAGCCAUAGGGUGAGGGCUAAGUGUAAAAAUACCAAGUGUAAGUGGUGUUGGCAGCUAAGCUUGAUAGGGACACAGGUGAUUUUAAGGUGAUUACCUAUCAUCCCAUUCACAAAUGUAUUCCUUUGAACAAAAACAAGAUGUGCACUUCUAAGCUAAUAGCAAGGAAGUUUAAGGACAGAAUUGUUUCUCAACCUUACAUAAGGAUAUGGGAAAUUCAGGAAUUGGUAAGGGACAAGCUUGGUCUUUAUGUUGGUAGGACUGUUUGCCACAGGGCAAAACAGAGGGUUAUGAUAGAAAAUAUGGGUGACUGGAAUCUGGAAUUUUUCAGAUUAUGUGACUAUGCUGACAUGAUCAAGCAAACCAAUCCAGGAAGUAGUUGUUGGGUUAAAAUUGAUAAGGAGACUGAACCAGGGAAUUUUUUUUUUGUGUACUUCUAUGUGUGCUUCCAGGCAUUUAAGCAAGGCUGGUUGGAUGGGUGCAGAAAAAUAAUAGGAUUUGAUGGUUGUUUUCUUAAAGGAACUUGUAAGGGUGAGCUAUUGGUAGCUGUGGGAAAGAAUGGGAACAACCAAAUGUAUCCUAUUGCCUAGGCAGUGGUGGAUACAGAGACUAAACAUAGCUGGAAUUGGUUCAUAAAGUACUUGAUUGCUGAUCUGAAUUUGGGAAAUGGUGAAGGGUUGACUGUAAUGUCAGACAUGCAAAAGGUACCAUUUUUGUUCCAUUUACUUAAAAUUUCAGUUUAGUAGAGGACAUUUCAGUAUGUUUAACUAUUUUUUUUUUUUUGUACUUUGCACACUUUUGGAAGGGACUUAUUCCUGUCUUAUUGGAGCUGCUGCCAAAUGCUGAGACAAGGAGAUGUGCUAGACAUGUUUGGAGUAAUUGGCACAAAGAGUGGAGAGGAGAAGAAAGAAGGAAGCAGUUUUGGAGAUGCUCUAAGGCUAGCUUUGAAGUCAAGUUUAAAGAGGAGAUGGAUAAAAUGGCCAAAUUGGGUAAGCCCAAGAUAAUGGAGGAUUUUAUGCAUUAUGAGCCUUUUACUUUUUGUAGGGCAUAUUUCAAGUUUCAUUCCAAGUGUGAUGUUGUGGAAAAUAACAUGUGUGAGACUUUUAAUUCUUGGAUCUUAGCUGCUAGACAUAAAUCUAUUAUCACCAUGUUAGAGGAAAUUAGGCAUAAAAUGAUGAAUAGGCAUGUAGACAUGAUCAAAUUUGCAGAAACUUGGAUUGAUGAUAUUGCCCUAUGGCAAGAAGAAUAUUGGAAGAGAACAAGGAGUUGUCUAAUAGGUGUCAUGUUCAAUGGAAUGGGGUUCAUGGUUUUGAAAUUAGAGAUGGUGGGUUCACAUUUGUUGUCCACUUGGAUAAGAAAUAUUGUGACUGUAGGCUGUGGAUGUUAAGGGGUGUUCCUUGCCCUCAUGCUGUUUGUGCUUAUUAUUACUUGAAUCUAGAUCCUGAUGCACAUGUAGAGCAUUGGUAUAGGAAGGAAACAUUUCUUAAGGCUUAUAGUCACUUCAUCCAACCUAUUACCAAUAUGAGGAUGUGGCCUAAGACUACAAACCCAUCAAUAGAGCCUUUAGUGCCAAGAAAAAUGUCUGGGAGACCAAAGAAGAAAAGAAUGAAGGAUAAAGAUGAGCCAAAGAAAUAUGGAAAGUUGUCAAAGAAGGGUGUGAAGAUGACUUGUUCAUUGUGCAAACAAGUUGGCCAUAACAAGACUGCCUGUGGAAGAAGACAUGGAAUGGGUGGUCCUUCUCAACCAAUACCCUCAACUGAAAGGCAAGGAAGUCAAUCUCAACCAACUCAAUCCAGCUCUGUUUGUAGUGACACAAGUUAUGUGCCAAGAGAUGCCCAAACUGUUGCUCCAACACCAGCAUCUAGAACGAAGAGUCCUGCAUAUCCAACUGCUAGUUCAGCUUAUGCAACUACACAAUCAAGCUCAAUUUGUGGUGACACAAGGGCUGUGCCAGUAGCUCCACAAAAGAGGGCUCAAGUUGGAGCUGGCAGGGGAAGGGGCAGAAAAAAAUUCACAAAUGCAAGAGGGGUACCAUUUGUGAGUGCAAGAGAAGACUCUUCUUCAAGUCAAUUGCCACCAUUAUCAGGCCACAAAAGGGCAUAUACUACUGCUGGUUUUGCUGCAGCUACUGGAAAUAAAAGUAGGCCUACAACUGGUUUUGGUGUAUACUCUAAUCCUGUUACUGGAGCACAAGUCUUUAAUCCUGGUACAACAAGUGAGAGGGUUCUACAUGGUGCAACAAACUUGAAGAGUGCUUCACCAACAAAUAUUGAUAUUGGUUAUAAAGCUCGUGGACUGAAAUGGCAAGGAAAAGAUGCAAUGACCACAUCACAACUAUCCCGAUUGAGAGCCAACAAGAGAAACCAAAAGGCUGCAUCAGAAGCAACCAGAUCUUCAGCAGAAGGAAGCUCCAACAAGUAGUUAAUGUAGGAAAUUUGUCACAUUUAGGGUAUUUGAAACAAUGUCUUUAGUAUA